GGAAUCUGAGCCGGAAUGAAAAGCGCGCGUAACACUAACACCAAUUGAAGUCUGUUUUUUUUUUUUUUUUUGAUAAGCACCAAUUGAAGUCUGUAGUUUGUUGUAACCGUAACAGAACGACGGUUAGUUAGUUUACAAAAGCGCGCGCUUGAAAAACCAAAACAGUUAGUUCAUAGUGUUUCUUUCAAUUCUCUUUCUUUUUCCUUUCUUCACACAUUGCAAGUGAAAAUGCCUCUCGAAUCUCGUGAAGGAGAUACUAGCAAAGCUCGUUUGUGUGGUGUUGAGAUUGGGUUCAGCUACACCAUUACAGAUUCUAUUCGUUUCAAUAUCGAUCAAGGACCCUUCGAUUUCAUUCUUGUUCCUCUGAUGUAUCCUGGUUUUGUUCCAACAGAGGAUAAUGAUCCUAAUUCUCGGAUUUUGGAUCAUCGGCUUCUGCCAUAUGCUGGCUCAGACUUUAACGUUUCUUGCAAUCGAUGGAAUAAGCUUGCAUAUGGAAAAAUUAGUCCGUGGUUAGACUUGGAUUCAGAAGAUGAAACUACUAGGAUGGAUGCUGAAAUCAUUCUUAAGAAACAAAUAGAAUGGGCCUCUUAUCUCUCUAUUAAGGCUUGUGUUCUUCCAACUCCUAAAGGAAAUUGUUGUGCUAACUAUGCUAGGUGUGUGAAUCAAAUAUUACAAGGCCCAAAUAACAUGAAGUUGCUGGUUAGGUUUCCAUUUGGGAUGUCUGAUGAUGACUACAGUCCAGGAUCCAAUGAUUUGGUUGAUUCAUGGAAAACUUGGAAUUCCUUCCGUCUGCUUUGUGAUUAUCAUAAUCAAUUGAUGGUCGUCCUUGAUAUCAUGAGAGUACUGCCUCCAGAGAAUUCACAGAAACGCUGGUAUGGAGAGCCUGUCACUGCUGCUAUAUUAGAUUCAGAUAUGUUUUUAACUAAGACCCGUGGUAAUACUUUGUACCUUCCAAAGCGUCAUCAGAAGUUGAUUGCUGAUUUCUUUGACCAUGAUAUACGGAUCAUUAUAUCUGGAUUAAAAGUUCUUAAUGAAGCUCAAUUCACCACUGAAGGUUCAAAACCACAUCCUUUGCUGCCAUAUCGGGACCAAGUUAGUAAUAUAUACAAACAAAUGGUCCCUCCUUCUGAGCAAGAGCGUCUUGAGUUUGGUAUGAGGGACUUCUUGCAGCUACCUCUACGACCUUUGAGGAAUUAUACACAGGCGAAAAGCUAUGACACUUGGGAGAAAGAUAAAGUGAAAUAUAUUAAUUACGAGAUAGCAAUUUGUAAAGCAUUGCGGGAUAGGGUUUCUAAUGAAAAGGCGUCUGAGAUAGCCACGGUAUUGGUGGUGGUUGGUGCAGGGCGUGGACCUCUUGUGCGUUCAUCGGUACAGGCAGCUAAAAGAGCUGGGCGGAAGCUAAAAGUUUAUGCGGUGGAAAAGAAUCCACAAGCAGCCAUUGCACUUGAUGAACUGAUUAGGACAAACAACUGGUCUAGUUUUGUUUACAUAGUCUCAAGUGAUGUGCGUGACUGGAAGGCCCCUGAAAGAGCUGACAUAUUGGUUAGUGAUUUGUUAGGUUCUUUUGGUGACAAUGAGCUGUCUCCUGAAAGCCUUGAUGGCGCCCAGAGGUUCCUAAAGAAAGAUGGAAUUUCAAUACCAUCUUCGUACACAAGUUUCCUCCAACCAUUGACAGCUUCAAAGUUAUAUAAAGAUGCUAAGGAAAUAAAAGAAAUUUUACAUUCAGAAUCUGCUUGUGUUGUGAAUAUGUACAAUGUGGACCGGCUUGCACCAUCUCAGGAGGUUUUUACCUUUACUCAUCCAAAGUCCUUUGUUGGAGAAAGCAAUCAGCGGUAUCAGAAGUUGUGUUUCAUGAUACCUAAUGACACUGGGUCAGCAAUGGUUCAUGGAUUUGCUGGAUAUUUUAAUGCGACACUUUAUAAGGAUGUGUUUCUUAGAACUGAACCGUCAACUGCGACGCCAAAGUUGAAAACUUGGUUUCCCAUGUUUUUUCCAUUAAGGACUCCAAUUUGUGUGGAGAGUGGCUCUCGCCUUGAAGUUCAUUUCUGGCGCUGUGUUGGUUAUAGAAAGGUUUGGUAUGAGUGGUGUGUUACAUCUCCUUCUUCAUCUCCAAUUCACAAUUGUAAUGGUCGCUCAUGCUGGAUGGAUCUUUAAUAGAAUGCAAAUGAUGUCUGAAAAACUACACCAUACAGUCCUCAUACUGAUAUUUUGUGAAAUAGUAUUUCAGUAGUUACCAUUUACAAAAUCAUUUUUGGAAGUCAUUUCAGUAUUUCAGUAGAUCAUUAAUAUGAAAUCAUUUUUGGAAGUCUUUACAAAA